AUGACCGACAUAGGAGAGGUAAAGCGGAUCCUCGGGAUCGACGUGCAGCGGGACUACAAGCAAGGAACCCUGGUCAUUUCACAGGAGCACUACGUGAACACACUUCUGGAGCGGUUCGGGAUGCAAGAGGCCAACCCAGUGAGCACUCCUGGAUACGGAGCGGAAAUCUCCACGAACCAACCUCAGGACCAAAUCCUAGGACCCACGGACAAGAAAAUCUACCAGUCGAUGACAGGAAGCAUCCUCUACCUGGCCCAGUGCACGCGAUUCGACCUCUCCUACGCUGCCCUACAACUUUCCAAGGCCUGCAGCAACCCAGCGCAGGUGAACAUGACAGCAGCCAAGCACGUUCUGCGAUACCUUCGGGGUAAUCCAGUUCUUCCUAUCGUCUACAAGAGAGGACAGUUUCGGCUAGCGGCGUUUACGGAUUCAUCCUUCGGAGCAAACCCCGACAACGGAAGAUCUACCACGGGAUACCUUUUCUUCCUGGCUAGAGGACUCAUCAGCUACGGUGCGAAGACUCAAACUCUAACCGCGCAAAGCACGGUCGAAGCCGAGAUUCAAGCGCUUAGCUACUCAGCCAGAGAGGCGGUCUACAUCUCAAAUUUUAUGACGGAACUCAAUUUCAAGACCUUCGGAUCGGUUCCCAUCAACAGCGACAUCAUCGGACGCUGACAGUGGUCGGGAAUGCCAUGCACUCUCAACGCACGAAGCACGUGGCCCUGAGGUACUUUUUCAUCCGGGAGCUAGUACUACGGGGACAAAUCACUCUUCACCACCGGCCCAGCGAGCACCAGUUGGCUGAUAUCGCGACCAAGUACCUCCCAAAGCACCGAUUCGCCUCCAUCAUUCAGCAGAUCAAGGACUUCUUGUGUUGAUCGAAGAUCUGUGAAGCUUCCUUCCAUACCCGCCAUACCAGAAGGAAUUUAUUUUCGAUACGAUGCCAACGGAGGAGUCGAGGUAGACAAGGAUAUGGUGAUGCCGUCGACCGUUGUGAAUUAGUUGCUUGAUC